UGAUGAUUGGUCGGCGGUAGCUGUUUUCUUUGCAAAGGAAUGUCGCUUCUAUAUCUCUGUCGGGAUGGAGGUCUGACAGAUGUUUUGAGGAAAAGAUGCUGGGACUGCACGCUCCUAUCUUAAUAUAUACCCGGUUGCAGGGAUGCUGGAGCCUAUCCCCGUUACCAUAAGAUGAUGCUCAAAACAACAUGGUAGUAAAUUCUACUUGUGACAGGCAAAGAAAAACAUCUGGUCAACUUUAAAAGAGGCACCGCUAAAUUCAGUAAACCACUGAAGUUGGAGUCAUCAGCCAGAGUUCCUCUCUACUGCAGAGUGAAGCUGGUGAAGCUCAGUCAAGAUGUUCUCAGCGCUGAAGAAGCUGGUGGGCUCUGAGCCUGGCCAGCUAAAGGAGAAGAACAUUCCUGCUGGUCUGCAGUCCAUGAACCAGAGCUUGCAGAGACGCUUUGCCAAAGGGGUCCAGUAUAACAUGAAAAUAGUGAUUCGGGGAGACAGGAACACUGGAAAGAGUACUUUAUGGCAUCGACUGCAGGGCAAGAAGUUUGUGGAGGAGUAUAUACCCACUCAGGAGAUCCAAGCUACAAGCAUCCAUUGGAAUUACAAAACUACUGAUGAUGUGGUGAAGGUAGAGGUGUGGGACGUGGUGGACAAAGGCCAAAAAUAUCCUCUUCCUGAAGGUGUAGGCAAAGGAAAAAGGCGCGGUGACAAUUUGAAACUGGAGAAUGAGCCCCAAGAGUCAGAUGAGGUGGCCCUGGAUGCAGAAUUCCUGGAUGUGUACAAGAACUGCAAUGGAGUGAUCAUGAUGUUUGACAUCACCAAGCAGUGGACUUUUAAUUACAUCCUGAGGGAGCUGCCCAAAGUACCCACCCAUGUGCCGGUGUGUGUGUUGGGAAACUACAGGGACAUGGGCGAGCAUCGUGUCAUCCUCCCUGAUGAUAUAAGGGACCUAAUUGCUGGAUUGAACAGACCUAUGGGAUCAUCUUACAUCCACUAUGCCGAGUCCUCUAUGAAGAAUGGCUUUGGCUUGAAAUAUCUGCACAAGUUUUUCAACAUCCCAUUCCUUCAGCUACAGAGGGAGACCCUCCUGAGGCAGCUGGAGACCAACCAGUUGGACAUGGAUGCGACACUGGAGGAGCUCUGUGUCCAGCAGGAGACUGAAGAUCAGAACUAUGAGAUUUUCCUGGAGAACUUGGAGUCUCGCAGUAAGGGCUAUGGUUCCCCUGGUCCAGCCAACGGUCAGAGUCCCUCAUCAGGCUCUCAGUCCCCCAUUGUCCCUCCCAGUGGGGCCUCCACUGGCAGCUCCAGUCCCAGCACUCCACAGCCACCAAUCCCUUCCCAGCCACUCCCACAGUCACCAUCUGUGUCCACAACCUCUCCUCCGCCUCCCACAGCAGCAGCUGGCGGGGCAGCUUCACCUGCUGCUGAGGUAAAAUCAUUGGCCCAGUCACCCGAACACCUUCAGUCACCAGCUGCAGGAGCGUCGGGCCCACAGAAACGCAGCUUCAUCUCCCGCUGGUUUGGCUCAUCCCCAGCCACCGAGGCUUCUGCCUCAGCACCAGAGGAGCCUCCUGUACCUGUGUGUCCUGCUAAGGUGCAGAGUGUGGAUGAUUUUGUGCCAGAUGAGAGACUGGACAAGAGUUUCUUGGAGGACAGCCUGCCCUCCAAGACCAAGGUGCCCCAACCUGCAGCAGUUCCCACUGUGGACAGUGACAGUGAUGGUGAGGAUAGAGGAAACCCCAUGGUGUCCAGUUUCCAGGAUGAGCUUGACCCUGAUGAUACUGAGCCAAGCCUUUCCAACUCUAAGGCCCUCCCCCCCAUUAAAGAUAUCACUCUGAGCAGUGACGAGGAGGAGGGAAUACCAACAGCGCUUGUAAUCUCACAGGAUCAAGACCUGGAAAGUAAACCUGAGCUCAAAGCGCCUAUGAUCACAAAACCAAAGGUGACAUCUAAAGCUCCGGAUCCUCAGGGCCAAACCACACCACCCAUCUCCCUCACUUUAACUCCCGCAGCAGAGCAGCCAGCCCGACACCAAGGCAAGAAGAAGGGAAGCACGCCCAAAGUGGAGGACUCUGACACAGACCCUGAGGCUCCUGUGGCUCAGCAAAUGCUCUCGUUUGUGAUGGAUGACCCUGACUUUGACUCUGAAGCAUCAGACACACCUAAAAUUGCAAAGGAUACAUUUCCAGUCAGGGAUGAGCUUCUGUCUGACCUCUCUGAUGAUGACAUGCAGUUAGCCAAGGUGCCAGAACCCCUAAAACCCACUGUGAUCACCUUCAAACCCAAGGACGACACUGACCUGUUUGGUCUCGGGAUCCAAGAAGAGCCUCCUGCAGCCAAGGAAAGCAGCGAGGAUCAGGAAGAGAAAGAAAGCAAACACUCCUCCAAGGAAAAGAAGAAAAAGAAGAAGAAGAGCAAAGAGGAGGAUGAAAAGAGCAAGAAGAAACACAAACACAAGAAAAAGGAAAAGGAUGAAGCUGCAGUGCCCGAUGAGAAGGAGAAAAAGAAAAAAAAAUCCAGGACCAAGAAAACCGAAGUGGACGAGCUGGAGGACUUUCUGGGCGGUGGGGCAGCAUCAAUCAAAAGAGAUGAUGGCGAUUAUGAAGAGCUAUAAGAGCUCCUGCAGAAGAGUGCCAGGGCACAGGGUUGUUGGUGGUUUGUAUGUGCAUAAAGCAGCAUAUCCAAGCCAUACACUGUAUACAAGGCUAACAGCACCCAGGUAAAAUAAGCCAGGACUCUGCUAUGUUUGACCUGUAUAUUACGUUUGUUACGUUUGUUUUUCCCAUCUGCGCCUGUGCUGUCACUUCCGUUCCAACCACUAAGAACAGGCUGGGACACCCACACGUACUGUAGUGAGUGGUAAUAGAAAUACGAUGAUCAAGGUGGCCGCAGCUCAGCUCUUUGUACUCUGACGCAUUUAAAUAUGUUGGAAUAAGGUUUUAUUUGACAUCAUCCACUCCACGAACCAGCUGCUGUAAAUAAAGCUUAACCAUUUAGUCUGAAUGUUGGUGUGGUUGGUGUAAUAACUGAGAGCAUGCUCAGAGUGAGAACUGACUUCUUAAAGAAUCCAUUGUGUUCCAUUCUCUUUGUUUCUUGAGCUUAAUGGUUAAUGGUAAUUUUAGUCUUGUGUCUAAAUAUGAACACUGGAGGAGAAUUUAGAUGAUUUAAGAAGGCCUUCCUGUUUUUCACACUCCUAAAGUUCAUCAUCCUUGCAAAGUUGGCUGAAUCUGAAACUGGAUAUUUUUCUUUCUCAUGGCCUUCUGUGUUUAACUCAACAUUAGGCUCUUUGUGCUUGUGUUAUUAUUAAAUUAUUAUUAUUAUUAUUAAGCAAGAUCAUCUCAGUGGGAUCUGUUUGGUAGGUUUCUGGUGCCGUCUUGCUUCCAGAUUUUUCUUCUGUGAGAGUAAGAACAACAGCAACGGUUUUCUGGAGCUUCCUUUAACAGCAGCUUUAGCUCCUUCUCCCUGAACAGCAGGAGUAAGUUGAUGGUUAUUUUGAAAGCAAGACACCUUCUAAUCUGUGUUCUUCCUUCAAUAAGCAAAUCUCUCAACUCAGCAGCCAUCUUGAAUCGGAUCUGGGGGCUUAUUUAAAAACCGCUUUGAGACUGGGGAGAGAGCCGCGACUCUGCUACUACUCACGCCUACAGCAUAGCAAAUGAAGCUGUUACGAACCUCUACUGUGUGCAUGCGUCAGUGCAACAACAUGAUUGGCUAAAGUGUUUCUCUUUUCAACUGUUGAUUGGCUCUUUAGACUUGUAAAUCUUGUACACCGAGUACAUCUUCUCCUUACUGAUCUCAUAUGGACAGAAGGUCAAGCAGGGCCAGGGCUGUGGCUAUUUUUCUGGACAUGAUAUCGGACAAAGAGUAGAAAAAAUGUCUGAAAUGGAGCAUUUAAAGCAGUCUGAAGCCUCACUGCCACUUCUGCAUACUGAUUUGAAACAUCCCACUAACUGGAAACAUCCAGAAAAGUAUCUGCAAGUGACUAAUGUUAUCAAGACAUCACCACCAAACAGGAAGGCGAAGUUUCCGCAGAGUUAAAUCUCAAUACAUUUGAAUUACAUAUGAAUCUGCUUUGAGGCGUCCAUGAUCCUCACAGUGUUUGUUUUUGGGGGGUUUUUCACAUAAAAGCAAGCUGUGUGUGAUUCCAGUGCUAAAUUCUCUUCCUGUUUUCCGAUUGCCUUAACGGAGGUUUACUACAAGGGAAUGAUGUGCAGCUGUCCUCGUGAACCAUUUCAAGUGUUCUUACUGUAAACUGUUGGCUAGCUCGGUCAGGUUAAGAAUGUUGUCCUAGCCUUUUGUUAUAGGUGGAUCUGUAUCAUCUUUAAAUUCUGUUUAAAAGAUUGCAGUGACUCGGUCGUUUGCUUUGGUGUCACUCUCAGUGGAGUUUUGUUAACAUUCCCAGGACUUUUUCUUUAUUUAUUGCUUCCAUUUUGUCGUUUUCUUUGAAUGUUUUGUGCCCAGACUUUCCUAAAAACUCAUGCAGGUUUUUUUGUUUGCUUGCUUGUUUUAGUUGUUGUUGUUUUUUCGAGUCACAUCUGUUGAUAUUUGUCAUCCAUUUCCUGUUAUCCAUCAUGCAGUGGUUUACUGCCAGAGCUUCUUAAGAAACUCUGCAAUGGUAUGAACUGCUCCACCUUUCACACAUUAUUUCUUUAUUUCAGCUGCUCUUGAUGGACUCGUGAUGACAUGCAUCAUCUCCCAAUACUGAAAAUUUUCAAAGAAGUGAAGCUUCCAAGAUACAUCGCAUGUAUUCUUUUGACAGCUUUAAUAUGGUUUUCCAUCACAUAUACACACAGUUUACAAAAAGGUAAUUGUGUUAUUCCAAAGUUGAAACUAUGCAGCAUUGAUCCUGAAUACUGUAUGCUCUUCUUUUUAUUGUCUCUCGUCAUGUGAUUGAGGAUAAAUGCUGACAGCACAGUUUCAAGCAAAGCAUGAGACUUAAAAUGUACAGCAAGAAAAGAAUGUAAAAAGUGUAAAAAUAAAAAGAUAUAUUUGAAGAGCUUUGUUCCAAAAUGAAAUGUACAGCAUGUGGGAAUAAUGUCAUCUCCAUGAAAUAAAUACAGCAAAGCUUCAUUAGGGGGGUGUUGUGACUAAAGUAAUAAGAUUUCUGAAUGAAUGAUGUGCUCUUUAAAAUACUGUGUGGUUUUUUUUCCUCCUAAUGGUUGUACAGCAUUUUGGAAUGAAACCCUUCAUUUGUCACCCCAUGACAUGGUCCAUCUUUACACUAUUGUGUGAGUUUGCUUAUGUUUGGUUUGUCCAAUAAAUGCAAACUUAUUUCUUCAUAAAAAAGA